AUGCGCGGACGCGACUUCCCGCUCGUGCUGCUGGCUCUGGCGCUCUGCCAGGCGCCCCGGGGGCCGGCCGCCCCGGUGUCGGCGAGCGGAGGGAUCCUGCUGGCCAAGCUGUACCCGCGCGGCAACCACUGGGCGGUGGGACACUUAAUGGGAAAAAAGAGCACAGAAGAGUCCCCGUAUGUUUAUGAGGGAGGGAGCCUCAAGGAGCAGCUGAGACAGUACAUUCUGUGGGAGGAAGCUACAAGGAAUUUGCUAAGCCUCCUAGAAGCAAAGGGGACCAGAAGCCGUCAGAAUCCACCUCAACGGGAGCCCCUGGGCAUUCUCCAGUCUACUAGGGAUUCAGAGGACAGCAGCAACUUUAAAGACGGGGGAUCAAGACUCAAAGGUUUGGUGGACUCUCUACUCCAGGUUCUCAGCGUGAAGGAAGGAACCCCCAGCUGA